AUGUCCUCUCCACGCACCACCACCACCACCCAAGCCCCCUCAACCCAGGAGAUUGAAACCUCCUUCAUCCGCGUCCUCAGCAACGGCCCGCUGAACCUCGAAACCAUCACAGACCGCAUGAACGGAUUUGGCGAGGGCCACGAAGACGCCGUCGCGGCGGUCUUCGAGUACAUGGUCGAAGCCAUCGAAGGAGAAGGGGGAGCUACAUAUCAACUCCGCCCUGAAUACCAUCCAUCAACCACCACCACCAUCACCAACCCCAAGCGGGAAGAAGUCAAAGAAGAAGACUUCACACCCACCCUCCUCCGCACACCACCCACCAACACCACCAACAACGAAGCCACUCCAACCCGCAAAACACCACCCGCACCCCUUUUCUUCGUCCGCUCCCCGGCGCCCUCACCUCAACUCUCCUCCCCUCUCUCUUCACCACCAACCCAUCUCUCAUCACCAGCAUCGUCUCUUCCACCCCGUCCACGCCCCCGCUACACUUCGUCUCCGCUGUCCAGUCCACCACCGACGUCGGAAUUGCGGUCGCCGACGCCACCGCCCGCCAGAUCCACCACCCAGCGCCGCACUGGACCUAAGGGCAAGGGCACUGCGGCGUCGACUGCGACUGCGACUGCGACUUCAUCUCGUAUGACCAAGAAGAGCAACAAGGCUGGGGCAGCCAAGAAAAAGGGAGGAGGGAUGGAAAAGGUGCAGUGCAGUGGUGUGACGAAGAGGAAGACGAGGUGUGGGUUUAAGAAGAUGUGUGAGGUGGGGCAGAGGUGGGAUUGUGGGAGGCAUGGAUGA